AUGACAAGCAUCGCUGCCGCCCUUCUGCUCUGUCGCAUGCGACGUCGUCGUCGUCAAAAGCGGCUGUUGCUAAUGCGUCUCGGUGGAAGUCUGCGUGAGAGGAGAGCUAUUGAGUCCAGAGCCCUCAUCAAGGAUCAAUCGGAUGCAGCGUGGUACACCAUGUACGAGUCGCGCAGUAUUCCCUCAUUCAUUGCCACGGUGUCGAUACCACCGGACGACUUUGAUGACCUGCUUCGUGUCAUUUCUGUCCACUACACAGUCUGUUCCGGACCUGGGUGUCGUGGAAGGCCGCCGAGAGUACAACAGAAGCAUGCUGUCCUCGCAAUGCUCCUCGAUUACUAUACGGCUGCUGUUGAGCACAAAACAUUACAAGAGCUUUUCGGUGUGUCGCCAACUACAUUCUCCCGUGUGUUGCGUCGAGCAGAAGUGGCGCUGGACCGUGCAUUGUCCCGCAUGCAGGAUGCUGCUGUUCGUUGGCCAUCAAAGGCCUUGCAACGGGACUGGGCUGUCUUGACGAACGCAAAGGAACCCCUCGUGGAAGGUGUGUUUGCCUUUGUGGACGGCAAAAACUAUCGUGUGCAAAGUCCUUCCAACGCAGACCUGCAAAAUGCCCAUUACAACGGUAGAAUUAUCACCCCACUGAAAGAAGGUGACCUCGAUCGCAACCCUCCACGCGACCGGUUGGCUCUGCAGACAAUGAGUGACUGCAUAACAUCUCUCAGGCAGGCUGCAGAGUGGGGAAUGGGCGCGACUGGAAAGGUCUACCGCCAGUUGUUGCUACUCCUACCGUACAACCCCUUGGUGCGAGGGCGUCGUCUCUCCAACAUGUUUCAGCUCUACAACCUCAGAGUUCGCCGAACGGGACUCAGUCAAAUCAAGAAUGUAUUUGGUGCAUAG